AUGGAUUCACCAAUAAUGAAUAGAGUAAUUGGAAAUACUAGUAAUACUACAUUACAACUUCAAGAUAGAGUUGAUGAAUUAGAAAAAAGAAAUAACUUUUUAGAAAAGGAAUUAGAACAUUACAAGAAUGAAUUAGCAUCAACCAGAAAGAUUUUAACAGAGAGGGAUAAUUUAUUGUUACAACUUCAAUGGGAUGAAGAUGAUAAAGAAUUGGAUGCCGAUGCACAAAAGAAAAAGAGAUCAAAAGAACGUGUUGCCAAUGAAGAACGUCAACAAAUCACUCGUUUAAGAUCACAAAUGAAAAUUAUGGAAACUGCAUUAGAAGAAAGGGAUACAAACAUUCAUAAACUUCAUAAAGAAUUGAGUGAUUCAAAAAUUCAAUACCAAGUGACCGUUGAUUCUCUUGCUCAAGGUAGAGAUGCCCCAGUUAGAAGUAAAACAAGUUGGGGUUUUAAAUCAUCACCAUCCUCUUCACCAAUGGUUUAUAAACCUUCUUAUUCCGCAAGUCCAAUUCAAAGUGAAAAACAAUAUUCAGUUGCUCCUUCUCCUGCCAAUUCUCCUGCAAUGAGUUCUCCAAAUUUCGCUUCCUCUUCUUCAACUUCUUCUGGUUCACCUUCAAUGAUGGAAUUUGAUUAUAAUAAUCAUCCAAAGAAAUUAAACAAAAAAGGUAGUAUCUUUAAUUUCAGAAAAUCAAAGAAAUCACCAAUUAUUCAAGAUACAAAUUGGGCAACUCAAUCUGCACAUUAA